UAUUAGUGCGCGGUUUAAUCGGGUGUAAAAGUCAGGUGACCAAUGGCUAUUGGUCGGCGGUUUAGGCGGGAUAAUGGUCGUGGCGAUUAGUUCUAUGCUCGACAGCGAUCUGAACGGUCAACUUUUGCUUGAAACAUGGCGACGUCCGAAAUGUCAGAUGUUAUGGACAAAAGGAUUGAACAAAAAAUCAUGGAAGUGAUGAGGACAAACAACCAGGAGUUACUCGGAAGCAUCAGCGGGAUGAUAUCUAAGAUAAGUGAUAAACCCUCGUCUUUACUUGACAUUCCUAAAUUUAAAAGGAAAAGUAACGAGGAGCAGUACAAGAUUAAUUCUAGGGUAUUAGAGAAAAUUGAAACGGCAGGGUCGCACGUACAGGCGCAAAAUUUAACCGCCGCACACGAGGCUAUUGUUCAAGCUACUGAAUUGCUGAAACACCGCCAGAAACUGGUGCUUUUGGCCGACACGUCCGAGUUGGGUUGGCGUGUUGUUUCGGAGUACGAGGCCAAUCCCAUUGCAGACGACAGCGAUGACGAGAAGCGCAUAUACAAGGCCGAAGCUCGAGCCAGUAGGAAGGCCAAGUCGGACAAGAAGCGGCCGCGUAAGAACUGGCCGUAUCGCCGACCGGAACAGCAGCCGGGAUUACAACAGGCGUUGCACAUCGCACAGACGAGCAGGCAGCGUCCCGGAUUGUGUUUCAUGUGUGGGAAAUCUGGCCAUUGGAAAAUGGAGUGCCCGCAGAACACAAGCCAGCAGAAUAACAAGAUAAGUAGUUUUAUGAAUUGCUUGGUUACUGACGUAAAAGAUUCAGGUACGAAUCAUCCGGAACCUACUCAAGCGGAAGUGGAGAGGCAAGUAAGUCCUUCUAUAGACAUCAACCCUUUAAAAGAAGAUAGGGUGGAACCUAGCAUAAAUGACGUAACUCCAGUCGGUAGUUUAAAGAAACACCUAAGUAAGUGGUCGGAAACGUCCGACAAUCAAUACAUUUUAGAUGUGGUUGCCAAUGGUUAUAAGUUACCAUUUAAGGUGAUUCCAGAGAGAAUCGAGAUGAGAAAUAAUAAGUCUGCAAGGGCUAAUCCCAGUUUUGUAGAGGGAGAAAUUGCUUCCCUGGUUAGAAAGGGUGUCGUUUCAGAGGUUAAGGAGAAACCUCAUAUAGUGAAUCCUCUUACAGUAGCGUAUAAUAGAAAUGGUUUACUAGUUGAUGUGGUAGUGACGUCAUCAGAUGACGAAACGGAUUGCAGCUCACGCACAGACUGGGUUUGCGAUGGUUUGCUCUCGGAAAAGAGGUAUUUUCAGAAUAAUUGCUUAGUUUAUUCGAACAUAGCCCCAGGAAAUGGGCAGGUGCGCUCAGAAAGCGCGAGACCGGUUGAGUCUCAGAGGUAUGCUCCCGGAAGUGGGCAGGUGCGCUCAGAUAGCGCGAGAUCGGUUGAGUCUCAGAGAUAUGCUCCCGGAAGUGGGCAGGUGCGCUCAGAUAGCGCGAGGCCGGUCGAGUCUCAGAGGUAUGCUCCCGGAAGUGAGUAUGUUCGCUAUGUUAGCGAGAGACGGUUUCCGUCUCAAAGACAUGUUCCCAUAUUCGAGGCUCCCGAAUGUAUUGGCUUGAGACAAACGCUAAAACGAAAGUUCGAGGAAGCCGGGGCGAUUAUUGACAAUUCUGAACAUGUGGUCGACAGAAUGGCAAGCCACCUUUUAGCUGCUAGGGCGGACAACACCGUUUUGAAAUAUCACCACCAAGCAAAGGGAUUUAUAGACUUUUGUAUAGAGAAAGGAUUCGAAUAUAGACCAGCGCAUUCCAUUCAUAUUGCAAUGUAUUUAUCAUCAUUGAUAGACAAUAACAAAUCUGCCAGUGUUAUUUCGGCAGUGUUUUAUGCCAUCAAGUGGUACCACUCUACAACGGGCGUUGGCUGGCCCUAUCCCUUGAGAUCCUCUGACCAGUUCGGCUCAGACGGCUAA